CUCCGCAGCAAAAAAGAAUAUCCUUGAAUCCAGCCAUCAGAAACGCCAUGACGUCCGCGAGAUUAUCGCCGACGGCGAAUCUUCUGCGGAAAUCGCGGGUGUUCGCAUUACCACAAGCAUUGAAGCCUCCCCAAGAACCCCCCACUUCGAAGACGGUCUUUGAAUCCGACAGCGCGACCCUUCCCUAUCCCACCCGAGCAUCGAUUGUUACGCCCGGUUCGUCGUCAAAAAGUGGUGAUUGGGGUUUGAAACGUCCUAUCCCCCCAAAAUCAACAUCGGAAAAAUCAAUCAGACCCGUGAUUAGGGUGAAUGCCCAUGACACCUUCGAACAUGUUACCGACUUCGAAUCCGCGCAAGACCACACGGUGACCUUGGCGAAGUUCCAGGAACUUCACUUGCCCAUGUCGCUUCCGUCCAAGGUCAACUACUCGAGCAGUUUCCUACCGGGACACCAGAGUCCAUUCGAAUUAGAUGUCGACAAUACACAAACGAGCAAAGACCUUGCGAGACCGUAUGCCAAACAAUUCCGGCAAUCCGGACCUUGGCUUGCCGGGCAGACCGAAGCGGAGUUUCAGACCUACUUGAAAAAGGUUCGACGUGACAAGCCGGAGAUUCUGCAGAGGCUUCGCGAUAUGUAUGUGGCAAAGCGCGCCGUGGAACAGAGAAAGGCGAUCCAAGACAAGGGAGAGGAUCUUGAGAACAUGCAGCCCAUAGAAUUUGACGAGAAGGAGUUCCAUGCCUACAUCAAGUCGCUACGUGCAGACCCGACUGCUCUAGGCCCCGUGAUAUUCGAGCUCCUGGACCUUCCGUCUCCGCCGCCAGUGCCCAACAUGAGAAUUGCUGGCAAGUAUUUCCACGCUCCGGGAACCAAGUUGUCUGCGACGGAAUACGCUACUUCUGGGCCACCGAGGACGCACCCAUCAGCAGGUCUGUCCUACACGCGGUCUCACGCAUUGCUCUACAACCAUCCGGAACACGGCCCGCAGGCCUAUCAACGACCCGUGCAGGCGCGUAUCUUGCGGCCAAAGAGCAAGCUCAAGGGCAAGGGCAACAGGGCCAUUGCAGGUAUUGGUGGUAUUGCAUCCGAAGACGUGAACUCCAUUACCUUCUGGGAUCAACGGACGCCCCCUGGGUUGGCCUACUUUGAUGCAUCCAUCGAAGGCGGUGGCAAAUACUGGGCUACGCCAAUCCGGGCUUCAGUUACCUCGGAUGGCAGAAUCGACCUGGCAUCUCUCAAGGCAAGCGUUACGGCCAAGGCCCCCUACGGCAUUGAGGAUGCGCCAGAGGCCGAUGCCGCGAACCGCGUUGCGGAAGUGACCAAGGGCGCCUCACGGCAAGUUCCGAAACUGGACGCCAGGGCGCCUCGAUUUAGGCAGUUCGACGAAAGAAGGCACACGCCGAUGACGAGUCGUGAGGAUGCUGCAAGGUCACUCAUGGAAACACUCAAGUAUGAAAGCUAGGGAACUUGUUAUAAUGUGUGAUGUGACUGUAUGAUUAGACUGGUUGGACGGAAAGAACCUUUUAUUCUUGUGAUAUAACCGCAUAUACAUCAAUUUCCAUUGAAGAUUGAUUGUCGAGUACAGUAAUCGUAUUUAACCUGAGUC